AUGAAUGCAUUCGUUUCGGGAGAUUCUUCAAUUCAAUUAUACUCAAAAGAAGACAUCAAGAAGCAAUGUUUCAACGCCAUGCGCGACUUUGAUCCACCGUGCAAAUUUCAGACGAUUUUAUACAGCGUAAACAGCUCGCAUCCGGAAAAUUGCGCGCAUUGCGUCGCGGAAAGGGGUAACUUUGGCGGGAGUGCUGACACGCGUUUUCGUAACAGAAUUAGUGGAAGUGGUCUCUCUGCUAGAGCUUUUGCGGGCGAAGACGACGAGGGCGAGAGUGACGACGAAGAAGACAAAUGCCCGCUCGGAUGGUCCGGUGUGGAUUGCUCCGUGUGCGAUGUGUCCAAUUCGUGUCCGUCUAUCGUGGUAAACGGGAAAAAACGGAACCCGAUUGGAUGCACGAAGGAUUGUUUUUUACCGACGACGGAGGAACUGUCGAUACCGAGGAGGACGAAAAAUUUGGACGCGGAUCAAAACCGAUUAGUUCCCGAGGCGAGCUUUGAAGCCGGGAAGGUUUUUUCGUGUCAAUGCGGAGGAGAUGCCAAGACGGAUCCGUAUUGUAUGUUUCAGAAGGAUCAGUCGUUUUUGUUUCACGUGGUCGCGGCGAGCGGAAUGAAGGAGAGGGAGGAGGAGGAGUUGAAAGUAGGGGUGUCGUCGUCUUUCGAAGAAGCGGCGAGAAUAGGAAUGAGGGCGAGUGAUAGUAUUGGAAGUGGAACGAAUAGUAACGGUGAUGACAGCCGAGAAGUUGAGAUCAACGUGCGCGCGUACGGUGGUAUGCCUACGCAAGAUAACGUUAAUUAUCCGGAGUGGAAAUACAAAUUCGCCUCUGCGGCGGUAUGGGACGCAAAUUUUACAAAGUGCACGUACAGCGUGGAGAAAUGCAGAGCACCGUAUCCGAGCGAUCACACGUGCGUGUUGUAUGAUUGUACGGCUGGGAAAACGGCGUGUCCUCCGUCCGAUGUCGAGAAGUGUCCUGGUAGAACCGCCAUGAAGUGUGGGACGAACGAAACGGACAACUCUACCGAUACGCUUUUUUGGCAACAUCCCUGCAACCCACUCGUGACACCGGUGAGUGAUCGCGGGAUGCAAUUUUGGUGCGAUAUUAAUGCGACAAAAACAAGCGACGGCAGUAACGUGUGUUAUUGGACGCAACCGGGAGUAAUUCCAACGCUGGCGGUAACUUGUAGGGUAGGUAAUUGCGUGUACGAAGAGCAGACGAUGGCGAAAGAAAAUUGGUGUUCGUUGGAGGAAACGGUGCCAGUAUAUUGGACGGGCGAUGCGUUGACGCGAGCGUUUAUGUUGUUGUUCGUGUCCGUAAUAAUAGCUGGGAUGGUGAUGUACGUCCUUUGGGAGCGGAAGCAAAGAUAUAACGAAGAAGACGAGGAAGAAUCGGACGUUGUUGUCCGAGAUGAAGAUUUGAACACAGAAGCGCUCUUGAAUGACUCCGCGGCGUAUUCCGACGACGGGUAUAGCUCUGUGAAUAAUGAGUCAUCAUCAUCGUCGUCGAGUAGUGAUGCGGAUGGCGAUGACGAUGUUAGCAACGACAACGAAAGUUUUGAAGAAGAGAACGGCGAGGAAAAGAAGACCAAGAAAAAUCUCGCGAGGAGGAAGAGGAGUAGACGAACGUCGUCGUUAUCGACGCAAAUACCACAAAGAUCGUCGAAAGAUAUGAUGGUACUUUCAUGGCGACAUCUUUUCGUCGACGCGAGCGUUAAAAACGAUAGGAAAAAAAGCACGAAACACAUUUUAAGGGACGUUUCUGGUAUGGCUGGUCCGGGAGGCGUGUUUGCCGUUUUGGGACCGAGCGGCGCGGGUAAAUCAACACUCAUCGACACACUCGCAGGACGCACGCCACCAGAUAGAAACGUUCGAGGCGCGAUAUAUUUAGACGGACAAGUUGCCUCAAACGUUGGUUUACGUGCUGCGAGCGCGUGCGUGACCCAAGACGACGUUUUACCAGGCACGAGUACAGUUUGGGAGCACUUGUUGUUCCACGCGACGCUUCGUAUGCCGAUCGGUACGUCUACGAACGCUCUCCGUCGUCGCGUUGGCCAAACCAUGCGCGACUUAGGCAUCGAGAAACUUGCAGACUCUCUGAUUGGCGACCAGUUUUCUCGCGGUCUGUCUGGUGGCGAGAAGCGUCGCGUCUCCAUCGCGACUGAGCUUCUCAUGUCUCCGGGCAUAAUGUUUCUGGACGAGCCUACGACUGGGUUGGACUCGACGAACGCGGCGAAGGUUGUUGACAUUUUGUCCAAACUCGGCUCUCGCCACGGCGUGACUGUUUUGUUGUCUAUUCACCAGCCUCGUCCGGACAUCUUUCGUUUGUUGGACCGCAUUUUGAUUCUUUCGAGCGUUGGAUCUGUUGUAUAUAGUGGCCCUUCAGUAUCAGCGAAAGGAUUCUUUGAGUCUUUGGCGUACGUACCGCCUCGACCGCGAGACGUGCACGUUGCAGACUUUAUAUUGGACGUUGUCAUCAAAUCAUCCAAAGAAACGACGUCGCGCGUGUGCAGAGACUUUGCGGUUUCAGACAUCUUCACGCUCAACGAAAACACGAUAGAAAUGCUCGCUAUUGAAGCGUCGUCGGAUGCAGUCGUGGGAAAUGACGACGCUGAUGACGAAGAACGAGGAAACAAAACAAAAGGUAGCGGUAGUGCUUGUUCCUCGGCAAAGAAAUGUCUCGCGCCGAUGAAGGUUCAGAUUCAGCAACUCCUCGCACGUUUGCGCAAAAACGCCACUCGGCACCCAUUUUUGAUUGCCACGCACUUCAUCGCGACGCUUUUCACAGCCAUUGCGCUCGGUGCAAUAUUCUAUCAGUGCGGUCGAGACACCGGCGGCGUGCAGAAUCGAAUGGGAUGUUGUUUCUUCAUCCUUCUAUUCCUUACGCUUAUGUCACUCUCCUCCCUCCCCGUGUGGAGAGAGGACGACUUAUUGUCCAGGCGCGAGAUUCUCGCCGGUGCGUACGGCGUGGAUGGUUAUUUCGUUAGUCAAAUCGCUUUCGAUGUGAUUGUCGUUCGGGCCAUUCCGCCUUUGUUCUUCUCUCUCGCCACGUAUUUCUGCGUCGGUUUACACUUGAAUUUUUUCUCGUUUGUAAACUUUACGUUCGUGUGCGUGUUGACAAACAUCACGGCUUCGGCGUUAUGUACUUGUGUGUCCAUCGCAACACCAUCCAAUGCGUCCGCAAAUGUCGUCGGUAUGCUGUUAUUGCUCGUGAACGUAGUGUGCGGCGGGUUUCUACUCAACGAGGAACAACCGCGAGCGAAAGCGGCGGACGGGAGUGGCAAUCGCCACAUCUUGGUUAAAAUCUUGACGAGAUUAAGCUUUAUUAACCACGGUUUUCAGUCUAUGAUGAUUGGCGAAUUCUUAGACGCGGGAACUUUUUAUUUUACGCCGAAACUGGUCGAAAGUGAUCCAUCCAAGAAAUCUUCUCCGUCGUCUGGCGGCGGCGACGUACGCGUUCCAGUUUCCGGUAAAGAAGUCUUGGAUUUCUUCUCCUUCGGGUCCACGAGAAGUGAGAUGCGAGUGCACGUGGUCGCAUUGGCCUCGUUAGCGUGCGCGUAUUUAGCCAUCGCGUACUUUUUGCUCAAGUUUAGAGUCAGGUAUUAG